AUGUCCACCCCCGGCAUUGGUGGGGAUUUCCAGUUGUUCUCGCCUCUCGAGUCUACGAGGAGAAUAUCUCAAGGAAAUUCCAUGUCAGUUGACCAAACAAGUACGGACGAUGCCAGUCAGGACUGGACGCAGUGGAUGAGAUGGGAUGACGAGCAAGCAUUUCCAGAAUCUGCAAAUGCUUCGCCUAGCUCCCCAUUUGACCUUGCUUUUAUAUCGCCAAGUGCCUCUUCCGGACAGGAGGCACCUGACGCCAUGCACAAAGAGUUCUCACCUGAUAUAUCUCUAGAUUUCAAAAGGCCUUCGCUUGGAUCUUUCCCGGGCGGAAAUCUGAAUAAUAAUGUAUCCCCUCAGCCAGAUCAUCUUGGUGCGGGGGCCUUGUCAGUCCACUCCAACUCUCCCCCCUCGUCGACGGGUGCCAGCCGCAAACGCAAGACUGGAAGCGAUGACGAUGGAUCUGCGAUGACAAGCAUGUUCAAAGCUAAACAGGCGCCAUCAAAGAAACGAGCGCAUAAUGUCAUCGAGAAGAGAUACAGAGCCAAUCUGAACGAGAAGAUUGCUGAGCUAAGAGACAGUGUGCCCAGUCUACGGGCCUCCUACAAGCAGGCAAACGGCAACUCCGGUGAUGAUGACGACGACGGUGUCACCUCAGCCAGCAAACUCAACAAAGCGUCUAUCCUUUCGAAAGCGACAGAGUACAUCCGCCAUCUCGAGAUUCGUAACAAGAGAUUGGAGGAAGAGAAUACCGCGUUGAAGAUUCGAUUACGUCAGUUGGAUAAGGCCGCUGAUCAAAUUGUUACCUCUGCCGCGUCGGUGUCAUCACCCAGCGACUGCACCGUAUCUACCGAGUCAGGGGCGAGCUCAUCCCCAAGUGUGUUCUCGCACGCGGAGGACGUUUCGAGUGAUCACUCCCCGACUUCUUCACACCCUCCCGAAGGAUUGAUCAAAGUUCCGGAUGCUUGGAAACGUAUGAGGGCUGCCGGUUCAAAUGAGAGCUCCUACUCGCAAUCGUACAUCCAAUAUAAGAAGACCGACAGUCACUCGUCUCAAUCUGGCGGAGGACAUAUGCGUUCGCACCUUCCCAAUAAGUACAUGUUGGGCGCCCUCGCCGGGCUCAUGGUACUCGAAGGCCUAGGCACAGAAAAGAAAACAGAAUCAACGGCAAAGGGGCUGCUGGCGGUACCUUUGAACCUGCUGAAUAGAGUUCAGCUGCCGUCACAGGUUUACUCAAGCGCAGCGUUUCAAUACUUCUGGUCGUCCUGGCACGCGCGCGCAAUUUCCCACUUUCUACUGCUUGCAAUCCUUGUCGUUGGUAGCGCUUUCAUUGUCUUCGUCUACCUGUUCAAUUCGGAUCCGAGGCGGCAAUACUCCGCCUCCAAAGUUGCUUCUGAUGUUACACUUUCGUCAUGCAACUUCAGACGACAAGCCUGGCUUACCAGCAUUCAACGAGUCGGUGUACCACGCCAUAGGUUCUUCCACGAAUGGUACGUUGUUACGUCUCGAUGUUUUGAAUACGUUUUGCGGUGUCUACUAGGAUGGAAACUGUAUUCUCUGGCCACUGGAGUCACCGAAGAAGAUGAGAAAGGGCGCGUGAAAACUUGGGACAUUGCAAUCGAUGCGCAAUUGGCCGGCGGCGAUGCAGAAAUCAGCAAAAGCCGUCUGGUCCUUACGAUAUUUGCAGCAGGAACACUCCCUCGAAGCCCGAUGAGGAUGAUGCUGAAAGCUCUCCACUGCCGCAUUCUGAUGUGGCGGGUCGGUGAGCCUGGUUCGUGGACAUUCAACGUAUCGAAUGAUGUUGCCCGCAGUCUGGCAAGGUAUCAAUGGGAUCUCGCGCGCAAGAUGAACGCCGCAUUACCCAAGAAUCAUCCGGAUGCGCUGCCGAGCCAUUUGGCCACCUUACUGAAGAUUGAUUGUGACGUUGUCAUGAUUGAUACCAUCAUCCAGAGAGCAGCAAAUCUGACUUGGAAUCGUCCAACACAAGAAGGAACCGACGAUGAUGAAGCGCUGCUGGAUGUCGUCGAGGAGGACCCCGCGAUUCAAUCCUCACUAGAUGCUCUUGCUGCGUGGUGGUCAAGUCACUUGCUUCAAAGGGCGCUUCUCAGGUACUUCGAAGCGAGCUCCGGUGGGCCCGACGCGAAGAAGAGCCGCGAUGUUUUCAAAUCCAAGAUCAAGCUCGCUCUUGAUGUAGCGCCCCAGCCAUCUGCAGCCCAUACGCGCGCUCUGGUCAUGAAGGCCGUCUUUUUUGAACGGGACCGCGUGGCCAACAUCGGAAGCGUUCUUGCCGCACUCCCGAAGGACAAAGGCAAAAACAAACAAAACCAAGCGUCUAAUUUCCUCGACUCUUCUUUACCUAUAUCCGUGCGCGAGGAGAUCUCAACAGCUGUUCGAUGCGCGAUGAUCGCAGCGAUCUUCAAGGCUCGAGCAACUGGCGAUACCUCCCUACCAGAAGCGUUCACUGUACAAAAGGCGAUCCAUUGGUUUAAUCGCUUGCCGCUUGAUCCUGUCGAGCUUACUCUCCUGGAAUUUGCUGCGGUAUAUCAUCUUCUUCAUAUCUUGGCGUCUGAGACCGACUACCUGGCUUCGUCAGAUACGUCGGCGCCACCGUCCCCAGUGUCCGAGGCAUCGGGCAUCUUAUCAUCAUCUGAAGAUGAGGAAGACGGCGCUUCGCGGCGCGACAAUAAUAUCAUCCCUCAUCCGAUUCCUAAUCUGGGUCGUGUUGCAUCAGAGCUUAUUUACUGGGCUCGCAACGCUUAUAACCCGGCCUUUUACGGCUUCACAUCAAACCUUGUCAAAGUGAUUGAAACCGAAUGCACGUCAUUGUGUCAGACAGCUGGUGUGCAUGUGGCCGAUUAUUCCUGUGUCCAGGAGGAAAAAUCUAAAGCCAAGCAGGCCAUUGACGCCAAGAGACGUUUCGCUGGUGUCAGUGAGGAAGCCUCCGAAAAUCCAGUCCUCUCCGAUAAGUCGGAGUGA